GCCAGUGCACACCCAUCAUGUUCAGUCUUGUAUUUUUGGCGGUUUUGGUCGCAGGCAGUAAUGCCUUGGGUACCGUUCCAGAGCUAGAUGUCGGCCAGUACGUCGGACGUUGGUAUCAGAUGUACACAAAUGGAUGGACGAAUGUGUUUUCCAAUCUGCAAGAUCCCGAGUGUGUCACGGCUGACUAUGCAAUAAUUAAUGCAACUUACAUCUCGGUGUACAACUACAAUUACAACCUGGAGGGAGUGGCGAAUGGUAUCGCUGGGUAUGCUUUCCUUCCUGACAUCAGGGAACCAGGCAAGCUCAAGGUCGCCUUGGAUGGUGUACCAGUUGUCGGUGACUACUGGGUAUUCAAGUUGGGCCCAGUAGUCAACGGUCAAUACGAGUACAGUUUGAUCACAGACGGAGCAGAUACAAGACAGCUUUUCGUUCUGGCCAGGAACCCAACACAAUUCAACGCCAAGUAUGACGCCGAGGUGCAGGAGUACAUCACUCUAACUGGAUUCACGUCUGGUCUCAAGCAAUACCAGCCUGUGCCUCAGGUACCAGAAUGCAAGUACCUCACCCAACCUCUCUGAAGAUGUUGACACCUGAAACAGAAGAAAAAAUCACACAAUUAUUGUUUAUAGCUUAUUUUCAAGUACAUCCUAAAAUCAUGGUAGUUUUGACAUCUUGGGGACUAUUCUGAAAGACUUAAUGCAAUGGAAAAUCAAGAUCCAAACUCCUUUGGAGAUUGAGUAUACAUUUCUGCAUUAUUUUCAAGCCCUACAGUUGUUGUUUUUAAGCAAAAAUAUUAAAACACACUUUUUUGGUUAUUUUAUUGUUUUGAUGAUCAUUGUCUGUUGUUGGAAUUUUGCAAGGGAAUGAAAUAAAACUGCAAUCGCAGAAGUAACAUCA